GCAGCCUGGCCGCCGCCCAAACCCUGCACCACUGCCACCACGUUGUCAAGGAGAGCCCAUCACCAACUGCCCUCUCCGCCCGAGGGCCCUCAAGCGUCGCUCGAACUAAUUUUGAUAGCCUGUCGCUUGGCCGCUGCUCUUUCAAGCUUGUUAUAUCGCUUAGAGUAAACCGGACAGCCCGAAGGUGACGUCCACAUCACUGCCCGACAGUUCCAAGCACUGCGCUCGUGUCCUGCGCGAAACAGACCUCGGCAAUCGCCAUGGACGGCGGUUCGUAUAACAACGUCGUGAGGACAAGCAGCCCCUUCUCUGCAUCGUCCCCGACGAGCAACCCGAAUGCAUACAAGGCAAAUGUAAACCGGACGAAGACGAGAAAAUGGGUCGAGGCUCGCGUGCAGAAUUACGACGGAGACGACUGGGGGGGUGACGAUUAUGACGACGAGGAUGAACCAGAAGAGCCCAUGCCUGCGCCACUGCAGAAGGCUCCCACUGGUGGUCUGCCAUCAACUCUUCGCGCGGUCUCGCAGCCAUUACAAGCCCGAUCUACCGAUGCGACAGAUUUGUACGGCCGCCGUAGCUUUGGAGAACCAGGCACGAAUCUAAGCAACCCGCAUAAUGGCGCGAACUUUGCUGCGCCUAGCUCGCAGCAUCAGCUGCCCGCGUCGCUACCCCACGAGCAGCCAACAUAUACCAUGAGCACACCACCAGGCGCGCAGCCCUUCUCUCCCCCGGCCGCACCAAGUUAUGCCGCAGAGCCUCAACAGGAUCCGUCGAUGAUGAAUGCUACAUUCCCGCCUCGCAAGAGCAGUAUGAGUGGCGCGGGAGGUGUACCUCAAGGACCUUACGACCCGCAAAAUGGAUUCCAGCCUGGAUACGGGACCAGCACUCGGCAACACGAGGGCCUGCCCACGCAGGAGAGCCCUGCGCCACCCGCAGCCAACAAGCCAAGAUUUGUAAGACCCUCCGACAUCUACAAGCGCAUGAGCCAAGAGAAAGAACGGGAGCGUUUGUCCAUGGAAUCGAACCGCCCGAGUCUGGAUGGCAUCACUGGAAGAGGAAACGGCGCCACUUCGCCCGAAGCGAGCCGCACCUCCGGCGAGCAACGACGCAAGGCUAGCCUGGAUCGUGACGAGCCUGCAGACUACACUCUGCACGGCGAUAGAACGGCGCUUCCCACAGUCGCGGAAAGAGACCAAUCAGCUGACAUUUCUCCCAUCAAGACGUCUACCUUCGACACAGGACCAUCGCUGCAGGCCAAAGGGCCCGAGUCAACCAGCCCGUUAUUGCCCGAAGUGUCAAGAAUGUCCAUGUUCGGAGACGACUUCUUCUCGUCAAGUAUCAAGGAUCUCUCGCCCCCGAAGCAGACAAAUAUUGCGCCGAUUGCAGAGUCAGACGAGCGGCAACCACGGGAACCCAUCGCCGCAGGUGCGAAGACGACACAAACGAGUGGUGCAGACAGUGCGGCUGAUGCUGGGCUGGGUACGGCGGCUGCAAAGAAGACUGCCCAUGGGCAUCUUGCGCGGCCAUCGCUACCUGGUGGGUGGGUUUCCGAGACACCAACGCCAUUGGAGACACCAGCAGAGUCUCUGCCUGUUACCGAUAUGAGGCUGCCUGCGCCUGCGACGUCGAGAGGUGUCGCGAGCUCGGCGGCCGAGAGAAAUGAUGCUCCUGCCAACGUCAUGGCAACGGCUCCUGGUGCCGAUGCUGCCGCCGCCAGUGAUUCCGGGGAGAAAUGGGAGCCACCCAGCAACGGCCCUCCCACCAAGCUAGAGCAACACCCGACACCUCAUUCUCUGCCACCACUCAAAACCCAAGAUCCGCUCAAAGGCACGACCGACAGUAUCCGCGAAGGCCCAGGCGCAGAAUCGGCCACCAGCAAUAUUGCGCCGUCCUCGUCUGUUUACCAAGACUCCCCUCAAGUCAUGUCACAUCCACAAUCGAGCUCAGAGACGCCGGUAUACUCUCGGCAAGAAAAUCUACCUCCUACCUUCGCUCCUCCACUGGGCGCACCAAGGAAGUCUACACUAAGCUCCGUCACAACAGCAUCGCCACUUAAGGAGAGCGACGUGCUCAGAGAGGAGAUCAUCAAGUCGCUCAGUCCAGCUGUCGACUCCCCAACCCACGAAGCGCGUCUCGGCCCGCCGACUCCCUCGUCGCCGAAUGCGCCUGACAUGCCGCACGAAAGCAGAUCAUUGUCAGGCAUUUACGACGACUACUACGGGUUUCAGGAGGAUAAGGCCUUGCAAGAGACAAGUCGGUACCUGAAGUCAGACGCAGAACCCCAACAAGGCCCAGCACCAUCUGCUGCUACCCAGGCCAAUGCAAACCUGCCGGAGAUUCGUCCUCUGAGCCCAAAUAAGCAGGGACUCAAUCCACAAGUUAGCACAGAGCACCGGGAACGGCGGUUCUCGUUCGACGCAGGCCCGGAACACGUCACGUUGAGCCCUGUUGAAGCUCCGACGUCCACCGCUGUCUCGUUCGGGUCUAUGAGUGAUAGGCAGCCUUCACGACCAGAAUAUCAGGCGGCUGAUCGGACCGAGACAUCCAACGGACCACCGCCACGCGAGACAACGAGCGGCCCGGAGUCGACAAAUACGCAACUGCAUGCACCAAGUCAGACGAUCACACACCAGGUCUCACAAAUGAGCAUUGGUGCCAAUAACGACGGGGAUGUGAACAUGAUUGAUCAGCCCUCGCCCUUGUCAGCUGGCAAGAGCGAAACGCCAAGAGGAGCUACGCCUGGGCCGAUAGAGGACAAAGUGUUGGUGUUACCAGACUCGACCGCCGACGACUCUACAGCACCAGAAGUUGUAUCAGAUCAGAUAUUGGCAUCAGACAAGGCGGAGGUGCUUCCAGAGACGGCUGAUGCUCCUGCUCCAGCUGGCAACACAUCAGGAAAGAUCAUGCCAUUCCGCGAGAUUCUCAGCAUCGGCUUGCCGCAACACCGAAUCCAAAAAUUCGACGAGACGCGCGUGCAGUUCUUCAACAUGGACACUGGUCUUGGUGACUGGCUGCGACACAUGCACGCUCAAGGCGAUGGCACCAACACAGAUGGACCACGUGGAGGCAACGAUCUGGCUUCGCCUACGACCGCUCCGGCUUCACAACAACCAUACUACCAGCAGUACUUGAACGCAAGCAACCCGAACCUCAGCAUGCCGCCUCCGGGACGGACAAACACAGGCAACGUCGCUGGCCAGUCUCCUAAUAUGUCUCAGGGGCAACAAGCCCAAUUCGGCUCCAGCGGCUUCAAUACUGGCGGACAAGUUGGCACCAAGGGCAAGGAACUGCUCCAAGCGGCGGGUGUUCUAGGCAACAAGGGUGUGAAGACAGGCAUGAAGUUCUUCAACAAGAGCAAGACGAAGCUACGCGAGAGGGGGUUCAACUAGGACAUGGAGUAGCAACCUCGGUACUUGGUGCAGGCUUGCUACAGGACCGUAGUGCAAGCACGGUCGUGUAUUUACAGGUCGCUUGGUUCGGGCUCCAUUCACGUCGUGCUUGGACAGACGGGGGCUUGAAUUUCUUCGCUUGGUAACAUAUUUAUCCAUUAUCGUGCUCAGUGUACAUUCCGCAGCUUCACACGAUCUACCCUUCAAGAUAUGUACAGUACCUAAGUCAUGCAUUCGCCGCCAGCCCGUGUGCUUUGCACAUCAAUGU